UUUCUGCAUAUUUCACUUUUAUUAUCAUGUACAUAACCUCUGUCUGUUACCAUUUGACAAGAAUUGUGAAUUAAUUUUAAAUUGAUUGAAUUAAAAUUCUUUUUUUUUUUUAGUAAUAUAUUAUAAUGUCAGAAAAUAAAGAAAAAGAAGAAGAAAAACCUGUUGUUGCAAAGACAGCAAUUGAUUUGCAACGAUUAAAACUUCAAAAAUUAAUGAAAAAUCCGGAAAAGCCUAUCAUAUUACCAGAACGGCCUAAAGCUAAAAGUACACCUACAGUACCAGAAUUUGUUCGUAAUGUAAUGGGUAGCAGUGCUGGUGCUGGUAGUGGAGAAUUUCAUGUAUAUAGACAUUUAAGACGUAAAGAAUAUGCAAGGCAAAAGUUUAUUCAAGAAAAAGGUCACAAGGAACUUUUAGAUGAAGAAUACCACAGAAAGAUUGAAGAAAAUAAAAGAAUAGCUGAGGAAAUAACUGCAAAGAAAAGAGCAAAAAGAUUAAAGAAAAAACAGAAAUGGAAACAAAAGAAAAAGAUGAAGACUGGAAAUGUAGAACAACAUAAAAAAAGUGCAAAUACUGAUUCAGAUGAAGAAAGUUUAGAUGAAGAAGAGACAGGAGAUAAAAAUGAUAAUGAGGUCCAAAAUAUAUCUGAUAAUGAAGUUAAAGAUACAAGUUCUAUAAAUUUAGAUGAGAAUCAGUCUAAACAAUCGAAUAUUCCUGUAAAUACAUAAAUAAGAAUGAAGUUAAUGAUGCAGGAAAUAUAUUUAAAUAUAAACAAUUCAGUUUCUUAGCAAAGAUAAAUAAGAUUUAAAUUAAGAUGCCAUGUAAUAAAAAUAAUAUAUAUAUAUAUUAUUAUACAUAUAAAUUUUAUUUUUAAAAAAAUUCGAAGAACAUAUUUGUUAAAUAAAUUUAGUCUGUGCUUUAAUA